UCUUCAGCUCGCUGUUCUCUGCUUGUGUGAAGAGCCUCACUUUAUCACGGCUAUCCUACAGCUAAUUUACACUUUCAUUUACACUCAUAUUUACGACUUUUAACGGUAGCUUCCUCUCGGUCAUUUCAUCGUUUUUCUUUUGUCUUUGGAUAAGUUCUUGAACCAUGGCCGACCAGGUAGAGUUGGAUCGUCGUGUUGACGCCGAGAAGAAAAAUGACUGGUACCCCUUGAGGAGAUGGUGGCGGCCCUGCUGGGCAUUCAAUCAGGACUGUGGCCAGACACUCCUCCAAGACCCCGGGUGGUGGGGGAUGGACCUGCUCCAGAGAGGGUGGUCCUCAGGUCGUCCCUGGCCAGAAUGCACGUCUUCUCCGCUCAUCGUGCCAAUGCAUCCCGGGUCUGGGUACUGGGGUCCCUCGGGCCCUGGGGUGGGGCAGAGGGAGCAGUACAAGUGGAGGGUGGUGCUGGACGUUGCUCACUUCGCCCCAUCGGAGAUCUGGAUUGGCACCGCAGGCGGGGUCCUGGAGAUUAGAGGUAAACACAAGGACAGGUCAGAUGAGCAUGGAUCCAUUGCAAGGUGUUUUACAAGGAAAUACAGGCUUCCAAUAGGUAUCGAUUUAUCUAAAAUCACAGCAAUGCAUUCUGGGGAUGGCAUCAUGCAUGUAGAAGCUCCACUGACUGAAUUCACUGCUCCUGCCAACAUUGUCAUUCCAAUUCAGGUAGAGAGGGAAGUCCAAGAGCUCAGGCAGGGUGAGGAAUAUCCAGAGGAUAAAGCAGCUCCUACAGAGGUUGCAGCCACAGCUCCAGGGGACCCUGGGAGUGCAGCCCCUGAGCCCCCCACAGAUGGGACUGACCACGGGGAAGAAUCUCUAGCCAGUGUUGAGGCUCCCACUGGCAGCCCCAUGGAUGAACCUCUGCAGCAUGACAUGGGAAGGAAACAGGACAAACAGAAGGAGAAGGAGCAGGUGGAGGAGGGAAAGGAGCAGGAGGAAGUAGCAAAAGAAUCCUCUUCAGCACCUGGACCUGGGGAAGGCCCAGAGAAUCUUCCAACACCGAUGGAACACCACCAAGCGCCUGAAGAGAGCCCAGAGAGCCCUGGCACUACCCCGUCUGACCAGAAGGAGGAGGCUGGGAAUGCUCUACUGGAGGGCCAGCCAGAAGUGAGCUCAAGGGAGACUUCUGUGGAGGCCACCCAAAUAGAGGUGCCAACGGAGGGCCAAAGCCCCUGAAUCAAGACAUCUCCAGUGACGAGUCCUUGGCUGAGGACACGGAGCCAGAGCAUCCGACGUAGAAGGGGAAAUUAAACAUAGGAAAUAAUUCUCAUUGUUAUCAGACCCAUGAUGCUGUCAGUCACUUUUACAGUUUGAAUUAAGAUUAAAUAAUCACAAGUAAGCAUAA